CUUGUGUAUAAAUUGCGGGAUUAGGUACUAAGCAAAAUUAUUUAUGCACCGAGAAAGCUAAAUUGUAGGACGUGAUACGUACUACACACAUGAAGCAAAGUACAAGCAUGGCAAGCGCAAGUAAGAGGUCGGUUUUGCACAUUUUAUGCAUGAUGUUGGCGUUUAUAAUUAUAGUGGAGGUGCCAAUGACAGCAACAGAAUCAUCUCAACCGGCGUCACCUCUCCUUAGCCAUGUUGAGAACAAGAAGCAUGGAGGAGAGGAUCACCAGAUUCUGCAAGCUCUGGUUAAGGAUUAUGGCAUUUGGGAUCCUACACCGACAUCGGGUGGAGGGUAUGCUGCCCCUGUUCCUCAUGGAAAACAAACCCGUGGUAGUUCUUCUCUUCCGAAAUCAUUUCCUUCCCCAGCUGGUUAGGCCAUUUCUGGCACUGGCAAAUCGACUGAAGGUCAGCUCUCUUGAAUACAGAAAUAUAUUAACUACUCCCAUGUAUGCUGGUUGUGGUUCUAUCAUAUUGUACACCAGUGUAGUAAUUAAUGAUGUUCUUUUUUUUUUUUCCAAGUCAAAACUUUUAAUAAUGUUAUCAAUAAUGUAAUAUACCUUCUGCUUACAU